AUGAGGAGAUCAUAUCUCAGCUUCUUGCGCCCGUACCUUUGUCAGGCUUCACGGCCGCUCAAGCCUGAGCAUGCGCGCGCCUAUCUCGCUAUACAGAGACGCCUCAUACAAUCGAUAGCUGCGGAGGAGUACACUGGGCCACACGAUGUGGAGAAGCAGAAACGGAUUGAGCAAUUGAGCAAAGUCAAGUCACUGGGUGAUUAUCACCCGCGGCUUGUGCAUUCUGCUGGAGUAGACAGUUUGUCACUGCGUGACUUCAAUGCAAAGUACAAUAGUAUUCAAGUUACACAGAAUGAAGUCGUUUCGGUACUCGGAAGGGUGCGUUCGGUGCGAACGCUUAGUGCCAAGCUGAUAUUCCUCGAUGUUGAGCGUGAUAUGCAACGCUUGCAGGUCAUGGUGGAGCUGAAGAAGCUUGCCACGCCCGAAGAUUCCCUGGAAGCUUACAAACGCUUCAAGAAGGUCGCUCGACUUGGUGACUGGAUUUCUGUACAAGGAUGUCCAACUAAAACAUCGACCGGCCAACUCUCCAUCCUGGCUCGGGAAGUACCUCAAGUUCUUGCACCCUGCCUUCACCAUAUCCCCGAGCUUGUCGACAGUGCUGAAACGCUUGCACGACGGCCGCACAUUCACCAGCUCACCAGCCACGAGCCUGGCGAUGUUCUCCGCCUACGCGCCAUGAUUUACGACUACAUUCGCAUGUACUUUAUUCAAAGCGGCUUCUUGGAGGUCGAGACCCCGCUCUUCGACGUCAAUGCCGGCGGUGCCAUUGCGCGACCCUUUGAGACUGUCGCGAACGAAAUGUCCAACAUACCAAUCAAACUCAGAAUAGCACCGGAGCUUAAUCUCAAGCGACUGAUCAUUGGAGGGCAGGACAAAAUCUUCGAACUCGGACGCUCAUUCCGUAACGAAGGAGUGGACAACACACACAACCCUGAAUUCUCCACAUGCGAGUUCUACGAGGUUGGUGCCACGCUCGCCGAUGUCGUUGCGCGGACCGAGCAGCUCAUUCACGGUCUACACACCGCGACUAAAGCCCUGCGACCAACCUACUUCCCCUCUCUCACCGCACCAGAAGAGAUUGACUUCUCAACUCCAUUCGCGCAUCUGCCCUUCAUCCCCACAGUCGAGCAGGCAUGUGGUCGCAAACUGCCCAAUCUCUCCACCCCAACAGCAGCAGAUGACCUUCUCGCCCUAUUCAAGGACCUCGACAUCACCAUACCACCCAACCCCACACUACCCCGUCUCCUAGACACCCUAGCCGAAGUAUACAUCGAGCCGCUCUGCAAGAACCCCACCUUCAUCUCCCAACAUCCCGAAGCCCUCUCUCCGCUGUCAAAGUCCUACGUCGACGAUGUAACAGGGCAGCGCGUCGCUUCGCGCGUAGAACUUUUCAUUCACAGCCGUGAAUACGUCAAUGCGUAUGAAGAGGAGAACUCUCCGUUUGAGCAGCGCCGCAAGUUCAUCCAGCAGCGCGGGUUUCAGGCCGAGGGCCAUGAGGGCGCAAUCGAUGAGAGUUAUCUAGAGGCGCUGGAGUGGGGGAUGCCGCCGACAGGGGGCUGGGGAUGUGGGUUGGAUAGGCUGGUCAUGUUGUUUGCGAGUAAGAAAAGGAUUGCAGAUGUAUUACCUUUUGGCACGUUGAGGAAUGUGGUUAGUAUUGCUAGGAUGAAGUAG